AUGACAACACGUAAUGAACUUUGUUUACAAGAAAAAAUAAACCUUAUAAAGGAGCAAGAAAAUGGAUUUUCUUAUCGAGAAUUAUGUGAUAAAUUUCAAAUUUCAAUUGGAGCUGUUUCAAAUAUUUUAAAAAGAAAAUUAGAAUAUACAGAUGAUUACGAAUUGAACAGAAAUAAAAAAUUAAAAAGAAAAUCCAAAAAUGAAUUUAAUCAAGAUAUCAACACACAUGUCUAUGAAUGGUUCACCUUACAGAGAUCAAAAAAUAUUCCCAUAUCUGGUCCAAUACUUCAACAAUAUGCUCGAGAUAUUGCUCAACAGCUGGACGAGUCUACCAAUUUUCGUGCAAGUAAUGGUUGGCUUGAUCGUUUCCGUACAAGAUACAACAUUCAUUUUCGUACAAUUUGUGGAGAAGCUCGAGCUGUUGAUCCAAAUACAGUCAACGACUGGAAGGUUCGUUUACACUCAAUUAUUAAACAUUAUGAUGCUUGUAAUAUUUUUAACUGCGACGAGACAUCAUUGUUUUAUAAAUUAAUGCCUGAUCGCUCGUUAGUUGUUAAUAGAAAUGAUUGUCGUGGUGGUAAAAGAUCAAAAGAUCGUUAUACGGUUAUGUUAUGUUCGAAUAUGCUUGGAACUGAGAAACUAAAACCUGUUGUAAUUGGAAAGUAUGCUAAACCACGGUGCUUCAAAAAUAUUGAUAUUAAAAAAUUACCAGUACAAUGGUUUAGCAAUAGAAGUGCGCGGAUGAACUCAAGAAUCUUUACACAAUGGUUAGAAGAUCUUGAUCUGUGUAUGCGAAAACAAAAACGACAUAUCUUAAUGUUUCUUGAUAAUGCACCAGUUCACCCACAAGAUAUUCAAUUAGAAAAUAUUAAAUUAAAAUUCUUCCCGGCUAAUACAACAGCUAUUAUACAACCCAUGGAUCAGGGUAUCAUCAGAGCAUUUAAAGCUUAUUAUCGACGUUAUUUGGUAAAGCAUAUCAUUGCUAAUGCUACUGUUGCAACGACAGCUGAUGAUAUUAAUGUGACAGCUUUAGAUGCUGUAUACUGGAUCGAUUCUGCCUGGAGUGCAGUAACUGAAACAAGUAUUAGGAAUACAUUUAGAUCAGCUGGUUUUGAAAAACUUUCUAUGAUUGAUGGAGUUGAUGUGUUACCGGUUAAUUUAGGUGUGAAGGGUGAUAUGUCGAUGGAUAAUAAAGCCAUUGACGAACUCGAUCGAGUACUCAAACAUUUAACAAUUGGUGGAAAAUCUAUUUCAGCUUACGAUUACGUUAUCAUUGAUGAUCAAAUUCCAUCAUUCAACGAGUGGGAUGAUUCAUCUGAUAGAAUCCUAUCAAUUAACGGAAUUGCCAAUGAUGAUGCAGAAAAUAUGGAAGAAUUACCACGUGAAGAUCCACCAUCAUUAACUGAAUCUUUAGAAUUAGUUCGUCGUCUUCGACUUUUAUCAACAACACAACAACCAGAACUUCAUCCAUUUAUUACUCAAUUACAAUCAAAACUUACUGAUGUUUUUCUCGAUUCAAAUUCAUCAAAGCAAAGAUCCAUCCUGGAGUAUUUUAAAUAUGCACCUGAUACAUGUACUUAA